AAGCCCCCCUAAGGCCAAAACGAGGCUUAAAAAAAAAGGUCGCGUCUUAUUAACGCUGCCUUUAUUCAGAGUUCGAAGAUCAUCUUUACGCAGCUAAUUCACCUCUUUCCUCCAAUACCCAAAUCUCAAUUCUCAGUUCAGCUGCUAGCUUAGUCAGAUUUCACCUCACAACAAUGGCCGAUCCUGAGUUGGAAGCCAUUAGACAAAGAAGAAUGCAGGAGUUAAUGGCACAGCGUGGUGCUGGAAGUCAGCAGAAUCCUGAACAACAGAAAGCUCAAGAAGAAGCAAAAAUGGAAGCCGAAGAACGAAGGCAGAUGAUGCUUGCUCAAAUUUUGUCAUCUGAAGCACGUGAAAGAAUUGCUAGGAUUGCUUUGGUUAAGCCUGAAAAGGCUAAAGGAGUAGAGGAUGUUAUACUACGAGCUGCUCAGAUGGGUCAAAUUGCUGAAAAGGUUUCUGAGGAAAAACUUAUAUCACUGUUGGAGCAAAUUAAUACUCAGACAACUAAGCAGACCAAAGUGACUAUCACAAGGCGCCGAAGUGUCCUCGAAGAUGACGAUUAGGUCUAAGAUGCUGUAAUGCUAAAGAACUGCUAGUCUUAAAGAGCUGUGUAGUGCUUGCUAUAUUUCCGAGUUUAUGAGCCUCGUGUUACUAGGUUGAGCCACAAAACCUUAGCUUCUGUGUGUAUCUGAUUACUUUGAUAACAGUUGGUUAUUGCCUUUCAUGAUUUAUGUCUUUACCCCAACUUUUUUCGAAGAGGGGUGUAUAUUGGAGUAGAGGCCGAUGUAUUUAGUACUCAGGCUAUGUUAAUUGAUUUUUGGGCAUAAAUGUUCACGUCAUAUGAUGUGAGGAAAUCUUUUAUGCUAAUUGAGAGAGACCACCUCUUAAUCAAUCUGCGUUUAAGCUUCUUUUAUCUUUA